GAAAGGUUGAGCUCCCUCACUACCCCUAUUAGUGAGGAAAUCCAUCACAACUGGAAGAACACAGGAUUGGGAUUCACAUCCUUAUCCAAGACAUUUGAAGACUCUUCCAAAUACUCUCCUAUCACAAAACCCACCACAGAUCUACCAAACACAAAGAAUUCUAACCACCAACAACCUCACUCCCAAACUCUGUCAAAGAAAAGGACUCAGUCCUCCUCCAGACCAAAAUCCAAACUUCCCUACAAUUUCAACUUCCUAAAUAACCAAUCAAAUCAAAGACUUGGUUGGCAACCAAUCAAAAAGACCAACAACUUAUCUCAGAAAAAGCUGAUCACUUCUGAUGGAUAGUCUACCCGGGGGUAUAUAUUCGAAGGGUUAUUACGGGGAAUAACUUAGAGAGAAGUCAGAGCAAGUAAGUAAAAGUAGAGAGAGAGUGUAUUCAGUAUGAAUGCCGUUUUCAGCGUGGUUACAAAUGGGGAAAUGGGGUGCUAUUUAUAGUAGCAAUAAAUGCCGGGCAGGGACACGUGUCAAGCGCUUAUUGGCCGAGGGGUCACCUCAACUAGUUGGCGCUGGCAGCCGCAUGUGGCCGCAUUUAAUGCGGCUGUUGGAUGGGACGUCUGUGCGGGGUACGGUGAUCUGUACGCAUGUGAGGCGGAUAUCUUGUCGAGUGAGAUGCCUUCGGCUAUAGAGCAGCAGCCGAGGGCUCUUCCACCCGAUGGCACCCUGGUGCCGAGGGCUCACAAUGCCGAGGGCUACUGUUUUCACCGUUUUCUCCCAGUUUCUUAAUUUGCUUGAGAAACCCGUUCUGUGAGAAUUUGGAGCCUUCGGCCAGGGGGGCGAAGGCACCCCUGGCGCGUAGUGCGGACUGCCUGGUACUCUGGGCACUGUGAUUUGGGCCUGUUGGGCCUUCUGGGUCUGUUGGGCCUUCGCUGGAGUAGUAGGAGUCUGUGGGCCGGGGGUUCCCGGGCCAUAUACUCCAUCAGGAGUCCCUCACUCCUUUUGCCGAAAGGUACUUGAGGGAAAAGGAGUAACUUGUGCUUUCCCCUUUGAUGUUGUCCCAUCGUGAUUUCUGAAGUUGGUGAGGAGUUGUUGCUUUUAUGUCCCUGCCGAAGGCAGUCCCUCAGUUACCCACAUGUCGGGACUUGAGGGCUUGCUUUGUUGUUUGUUGGAAUUUCACAGAUUUUGUGAUUUAAUGAUUUUCCCGAGGGGGUCCUCCAGUCCCCCACUCCUUGAGGCACUUGUAAAGUGGUGAAAAUGAGUAAAGUAGUUAUGUUGCUGUUGUGGGCCGAAGGCUGACGCUUUUCGUUUCAUUUUGGGGGGAUGCCUCGUUAAAAACCUCAUUAGGAAAAACCCUUUGGGAAAAAAAUCCUAAUGAGGGAAAAAGAGUGCACCGAAUUCCCCCAAUGAUGAAUCGAAAAUGUCAAACCUUGGUAAAAAAUGGAGAAUGGCGGGAAUGCCGAAGGCUCUCUCUUCUGAGGGCUCCUGUGUUGAUUAGCCGAAGGCUUGCUGUUGAUGUCCUGGUGGCGCCGAAGGGGAGCCCCUCAAUCCAGGGAUCGAGGGCCUGCCAGAUGAGGGCAGCAGUGAAGUUGUUACCGGGGGGUCCACUGUUUGUUGAUUAGUUGGUGAUGAAGAUACCCGAGGGCUCCCAUUACCCGUGUGCCAUGGGUCAUCCGUCAAUGAGGCAACUUCCCCGGGGGAUACCCGGUUUUGCAGUGCUGAGGGGGAAUCCCCGAGGGGUGCCCUGAUAUGAAGCCCUGGGUUUCUGAAGGAGUGAUCCCGAAGGCGUCUGUUAUGUGCUGUCUGGGGCACAACCUGGGCACACUUCUGAGUGAGUGUACCCGGGGGCUACCCUUGAUGAAGUGGAGUGAAGUAGAAAACCCGGGGGCUUCCGGAAUAUAGCCGUUGGAAAUAUAGCCGUUGGAAUAUGUAACGACAGGAUAUAGCCGUUGGGGGGGUGGCACACGUGGCGUGUGAUGGCUGGCUGUUCGUGGGCGGCGUCACCGACUGGGUGAAACGACGGUGUGUAAUGAUGACGGUCCGUCUGGAGGCCCGGUUUCCGGGCCCAAGCCCGGAUUCCAGCGCCUAUAAAUACCCCAAGGCCAGAGCCAUUCCCGCUGUGCGAACUCAGUUGUCUUAGCGAAGCUCUGCCAAAAAAUCUAGUGAGAGAAACUCCAGCCUUCGGUCCUAACGCAGCUUUCGAGGUCAGUGCUCCCUGCCUUUCUCCUUCUAGUAUAGCGGUACUGUGCCCUUAGGUUAGGAGAUAGAAAAGUUAGGAAACACUACCGUCUACGAGCCCUCGAACUAGAGUGCGAAUGUCGUCCCAGAGUGAUUCUCAAGAUAUCUCGAGGACGCCCUCGAUGGAGGACGAAGGCAUCUCCGAUGUGGAGUCAAGCAGUGGUCAGCCCUCGGAUGGUGGUGAUGCGGCCCUGGCCCGGGAGGUCCAGAAGGAACUCAUUGCGGAGGUCGAAGCCGAGGGCUUCGAGCAGGAGUGCGAGGAUGAAGACUUAGCCCUCACAUGGCAAACAGCGGAGGAUGAGGCGCAGAAUGAGAGCUCGAAGGUUACGAUAGCUGUUCUCCCCCCUCGGGGUUCUGGGGAAGCCAGUAGCUCGAGGCCGCUGGAUCCGAUACCUCUGAGGGCGGUUUCCGGUUUGAAGAAGAAGAAGGCCGCUACCAAGAAGAAGGAGAGGGCCGUCGAUCAAGGAAAGCCCGUGGACAUGCCCGAGGGGUACAGUUGGCUGAACACUGAGGCCCUCCAGAUCAGGUCGAAGGCUGAUAGGGCAGAUCUGUACGUGACUCAGCUGCACGUGGGGCCCUCGGCCGAAGUGGUGGAGCCAGGUCCCGACGACGUGUUGUCCAGGGUGCCCGAGGGGUGUAUCGCUGUUCACGUCCUCUCGGUUUCCAUGGGACUUAGGUUCCCUCUGCACCCGUUCCUCCGGGAGUAUUUGAGGUUUGUUGGUUUGGUCCCCUGCCAACUCACGCCCAACAGCCAGUCCUACAUUGCGGGGUUCCUCCAGCUCUGUAAGUCCCGAGGGGUGAAGCCCAGCCUGGAUCUAUUCUUCCAGAGCUUUAAUUUGUGCCGGGGGGGGGGGGGGGGCACGAAAACGGCGAGGGGUACGCAAACCUGCAGCAGAUUGCCCGCUUCAAGCUAUUCUCCGAUGCUCCUUCUUCCAACAAAGGAUGGAGGGAACGUUGGUGCUACGUAAAGUUGGGUGAUAGCCCAUUCCCGAGGGAGCUGCGUGAUCGAUUCCGAAGGCACGAAAAAAUCAGGAGUGCUGCUCUCGAGAAAGACGGCCUAAAGCUGGCCAAGUUCCCGGAGGGGAAAAAUAAGAACGUGGCGAUCAAAGACUGCACCCUCGAGGAGGAUUUAUACACCCUCGGGUUCCGGAGGUACCGCUUCAUAGGGGAGACCGAUGAGAAGUACCCUCCCUUCAACAAGGCCUUCGGAGGAGCCGGAGGUAUCCCCGUCUCCAUGGUGAACGUGAAGGGCCUCGCUCGCCUGAAGAAGCAGGACCCGAAGGGGUCGGGACAGGGCAGCCAGAAGCCCGCCACUGCCCUCUUUAAGAAAGCCGAGGGCGAUGCUGCUGCCGGCAAGAGGAAGUCGGCGACCAAGGGGUCCCCCCCCCCCCCGGCUACCAAAAAGCAGAAGAAGGGGGAUGUCGCCAAGAAGGAGCCCCCGGUCAUUAUUGCUGAUGAGCACCCCGCCUCCGGGGUGCAUGUGGAGAAGCCGUCGGGCAAAACGCCGGCGGGGGCAGAGGAGUUGCUGCCUGAGGUCCUCCAAGUUUCGUUCCCGAGGGGAACAUCCCUGGCCAGCGGCGCUGUCGACCCGGGGGCCAUCUUGAGGGGCAUAACCCCUGAGACUGAUAGGGCUUCCCUCGGGGCAUAUAACGAUGCGGCCCUCGAGGACCACAUUCUCCGCUCCUCCCUUUCUGCUUGUCUAGCCCUCGGUGAACAUGCGCGGAGGCUUCAAGAAUGGCGCCUCCAUAAAGCAGAGCAGGACGCCAAGAUGAAGGAAUGCAUCCUCAAAAAUAAGGAGGCGGUGAAGCUGGGGGCCAGGCUGGAAGAGGAGCUUCGGCAAAUGGAGCUGAGAUUGGAAGCCGCAGAGAAGGGCAAGGCCGAUGCUGAGGCCGCUGCUGAGGAGGCCAGGAGAGCUGCCAAAGAGGCCGAGGACUCCAAGGCGCUAGCCGUCGCCAAGGCUCGGGAGGAAGCCGUUGAUGCCUUCGUCGCCGAGGGCUGGAGGGCCGAGGGACGCAAGGUGUGGCUGUCCUCGGUCGUGGAGGCAUACGUCGAGGAAUGGGCCGAGGGCCCCGGGUGGGAAUGGAUGGCCCGGAAGGGCAGAGAAUAUUAUGAGGCCGGCGAAUUCUUCACCCAGGCCCUCAUUUACCGGAGGAUGGCUCGGCAUUUGGGCAUUGAGCAGAAGGAUUUCUCCCCCUCGGCUUAUGGCCUUCCUCCCCUGCAGCCUGAUGUCCGUGAGUCGCUCCCGGAAGGUGUUCAGAGGCCCGACCUUGAGGAUACGGAGUUGAAGAAUGAGGCCGAGGAUGACGCUGUCGAGGCCGGAGCGGAGGCAUCAUCGAGGCCGGCUGCAGAGGGCACCCCGGUGAAUGAUGCUGUUGUAGUUGUAGAGUGACUUUGUACUUAGAAAUCCUUGAACAUCAUUGAUCCUUCGGCUUCGGCCUGUUUGUAAAUUUCACACUUACUUUGUUUUUUGAUGAAUGCAUGCUGCCUCCGGGCUCUUUACAUUUGAGUGCGCC